AUGGAAAAGAAGAUCAGAAGCAGCAUUAAAUAUACCAUUACUGCCCGAGACAUAUGGCUUGAUCUUGAAGAGAGAUUCGUCAAAGAAAAUGCACCUCGGGCGUACAAGUUGCAAAGAACCGUCACUACAAUACCCCAAGAAAAUAUGACAGUCUCAGCCUGCUACACCAAACUGAGAGGGGUUUGGUUUGAGAUCCUAUCCAUCAGUUCAACCCCAACGUGUACUUGUAACGGGUGCACUUGUGGGUUAGCAAAAAAAAUCUCAAAGAUGGGCAUAAACGAGGAAUAUGGAGCCGUCAAAACACAGAUUCUGAGCAACAAUCCUCUUCCCAUACUAGGAGUGGCUUAA